GUAAAAUGUUUAAUUGCGCUAACAUGACAACGGCGUAUUUGGAAGGUGAAUCACGUGUCUGUACCGUCCCCGUUAUCCGCCGCUAUAAAAACCGACAGGAUGCAGCGAGCCGAGCAGCUUCAGACCGUCCGGAUUCUCAGCAGACACUCAGAGGUUUCACUCCCUGUUCUCUGCUGAGCCUUGAAGAGUUGGAGACGAUGAUGAUGAUGAAAAAAGAUUGGAGGUUUGUGGCGGUGGCCUCUCUUCUUCUGGCCUCGGUGAACUGUAUCCUCCAACCCACAAAAGAAGAACUGAACGAAAUCUCCCUGAUGGGAGAGAAGUACCUGGACAAGCAGAUCGAGAGCGCCAUUAACGGAGUGAAGGAGAUGAAGAGCGUGAUGCAGAAAUCCUCAGAAGAGCACAAGAGGUUUUUAAAGGACCUGGAAACAACUAAGCAGCAGAAAGAUGAGGCCAUAAAAAACGCACAGGAGAUGGAGGCCAAGCUGGAGCAGCGGGAGGAGGUCUGCAACGAGACCACGAAGGCUCUGUGGGAGGAGUGCAAGCCCUGCCUCAAGGUCACCUGUGUCAAGUACUACUCCAGAACGUGCAGCAGUGGAUCUGGAUUAGUGGGACGCCAGCUGGAACAGAUGCUGAACAGAACAUCUCCUUUCUCCAUCUGGAUCAACGGCGAGAAGAUCGACGUACUGAAUCGGGAGAGUCAACGACAAAACACAGAAUUUAAGAAUCUGGAAGACCGUUACACAUACAUGGCCGACGGCGUGGACAGCAUCUUCUCCGACAGCAUGAAGGUGGCAGACCACGUCCCCUAUCAGGGUCCGCUGUCCUUCUUCUCCAACUUCUUGGGUCAACAUCAGCCGUUCACUCGUUCACUCUUUUACAACCCAUUUCACGACUUCCAGAGUUUGUUCUCCCCCCUGAUGGACAUGAGCAGGAACGCCUUCAGUUCCAUUGGCUCCAUGAUGGACACAGAUAUAGAUACCGACAUGCCAACCGACGAGGACGGCAGUGUGAACGAGGACGUGAUCAUCGCCAAACCUUUUGGCAACAGUAACAUGACCUGCAGAGAGAUUCGCCGCAACUCAGCCGGCUGCCUCAAGUUCCGCAAUGAGUGCAGGAAGUGCAAAGAGAUCCAGUAUAUCGAUUGCUCCGGGAAGAACCCCCUGGACACCCCCCUGAAGAAAGACCUGGAGGAGGCUCUGGCCCUGGCUGACCGUUUCACACAGCACUACAACAAGCUGCUGAAGAGGUUUGAGGAGAAGAUGUUCAACACCUCCAGCAUCCUGGACAUGUUCAACAAUCAGUUUGGCUGGGUGUCUACGCUCGCUAACAGGACCAACACCAAGGACGGCAUCUUCAGCGUUCAGACGGUAAUUUGUAAGGACAGCGAGGGUGAUGGGGAGGACACCAAAGUGUCUGUGCAGCUGUUUGACAACCCACCCAUGACCUUCUCCGUGCCCGGGGACAUCCCCUGGACUGACCCGAAGUUCUCAGAGGUGGUGGCCCAGGAGGCUUUGGACCGCUACAAGGAUAACAGUGUCAUGGUCAAGUAAAGAGUCGGGGUCCGGCCCGAUCUUCACCAUCUGCUGUCAGCAUUCUCGACGAACCCCGUUGGAGAGAGAAAACACACGUGGGACCUCCGCAGCAAAACAUUUAAAUCCUUUAGGCUCUGCUUGCACAAAUCACAAAGUUUAAUCUCAGAUUUAGAUUAUUAGAGCUCUUUGUUCUGCUGUAACAUGAGGAACAGUGGAUGUAGAUAAUCUGCAGUACCUCCACAUGGAAGCCAGCCGAGCACUCGAGCUUCACAGCACAAAUCUAUCCUUGGACGGGAAAGACUGGUGGAUUUGGGAAGAGCUAAACUGUAUUAUUUAUGAGUUGCACGAAAUAUGGCAGAAUGGGGUUAUUGCGGCCGUUUUACAACCCUUCGCUGCAUUUCUAACAGUUACUGCACUUUGCUAAAUGCCAGAUGUUUAAAGACUGAUUUUAGAGACUGAUGUUCAGAAAGUGUAUGGAAUAAAAAUCUGCUUUGGUCAAAUAGUUGGUAAUGUUCAGCUUUGCUUUGAGGCCUCAGUAUGACGGCAACAACGAUUCAAUAAAACCUGCUUGUACCC